UGAAUAUUGUUUUCAGUGCGUGUUUAUGAACUUUGAGCUACUGUGGUAACAGAAUGCAGGUGAUCUUUGGCCUCAGGAGACGGUGAUGGCCAGCAGUAGGGUUUGUGGGGUCCUGGGUUGCAUUGGUAGGCGGAAUAUGAAGGUUUCUCGGUUGAUAGGUAACUUGUCGCGAAGGCUGUAUGCAACAGAGGCAGCAAAGAGCGGCCCCGUAAGAACGAAGAUAGUUGAUGGCGUCUGUGUUGUAACAUUAGAUGCCCCAAAUUCUAAGGUCAAUACACUUGGAAAGGAUGUGGCUGCAGGAUUUGAAGAUGCACUUAGACAAAUAUCAAGCAAUCCAGCAAUUACCUCAGCUGUUAUAAUAUCAGGAAAACCAGGAAGUUUCAUUGCUGGUGCUGAUAUUAACAUGUUACAAGCUUGUAAAACAGAAGCUGAAGUCUCAAAGAUAUCUCGCGAUGCCCACGUGCUUCUGGCCAGCAUAGAAAAUAGUAAAAAACCAAUUGUUGCAGCUAUUAUGGGUCCUUGUCUUGGAGGUGGACUUGAGGUUGCCUUGGCUUGCCACUAUCGCAUAGCGGUGAAGGACCGAAAGACUGGUUUAGGACUUCCAGAGGUCAUGCUAGGCCUUUUGCCAGGUGCUGGUGGAACUCAAAGAUUACCAAAGAUUACCCAGUUGCCAAAUGCCUUGGAUAUGGCACUUACUGGAAAGACUGUGAAAGCAGAUAAGGCAAAGAAAUCGGGUAUUGUGGAUUUACUGGUUGACCCACUUGGUCCCGGAGCUGGAAAACCAGAGGAGAGGACAUUGCGGUAUUUGGAAGAUGUUGCUGUUUCGUGUGCCAAACAACUAGCAUCUGGUGAACUAAAAGUGAAUCGUUCCCCAAAAGCUCUUCCAGAUAAACUGCUCGCUUUUGGACUGAAAUAUAAUUGGGUCAGAGACCAGAUAUUUGGUCGAGCAAAAAAUCAAGUCAUGAAGAUGACAGGAGGCUUAUAUCCUGCCCCUCUGAAGAUACUGGAAGUCAUUCGAACUGGCAUUGAAAAAGGACCAGAGUCAGGAUAUGCUGCAGAGAGUGCUGCAUUUGGACAGCUGGCAAUGACUCCACAGAGUAGAGGACUAAUGGGUCUUUUCAAAGGACAGACAGAAUGCAAAAAGAAUCGCUUUGGUAACCCAUCUCAUCAAGUGAAAAAUAUUGCAGUAAUAGGUGCAGGACUCAUGGGUGCUGGUAUAGCACAUGUGUCAAUAGAUAAAGGUUAUAAAGUUAUUAUGAAGGAUACUGACCCCAAAGGUCUAGCACGCGGUGUUGGACAAAUACAAACAGGACUAGAUAAAGCAGUGAAAAGGAAGAAGUUGUCUGGGUUUGAAAUGGAUCGAUUUAUGUCAAACCUAGAACCAACACUAUCUUAUUCAAAUUUUAAAAGUUGUGAUAUGGUAAUAGAAGCAGUAUUUGAAGACUUAAACAUCAAGCAUAAGGUUAUCAAGGAGAUUGAACAGCUUAUUCCAGAGCAUUGUGUUGUGGCUUCCAACACCAGUGCUCUUCCUAUUACAGAUAUUGCAAAGGCAAGCAAGCGACCUGAAAAGGUUAUUGGUAUGCAUUACUUUUCACCUGUUGACAAGAUGCAGUUAUUGGAAGUGAUAACAACUGAUCAGACUUCAAAAGAUACUGCAGCUUCUGCAGUUGAUGUUGGACUGAAACAGGGAAAAGUGGUGAUAACUGUGAGAGAUGGACCAGGUUUUUAUACAACAAGAAUUCUUGCAGCCAUGCAAGCUGAAGCAUUAAGGCUUUUACAGGAAGGUGUGGAGUUCAAGACUUUAGAUAAACUUAGCAAAACAUUUGGCUUCCCCGUGGGUGCAGCUACAUUGCUAGAUGAAGUUGGUGUUGAUGUUGCAUCACACAUUGCAAAGGACCUGGGAAGCAAAUUUGGAACAAGAUUUGGUGGUGGUGACAUUGGAGUUCUCCAGGACAUGGUUAAGCAGGGAUUUUUGGGCCGCAAGUCUGGGAAAGGAUGCUACAUUUAUGAACCAGGGCGAAAGGAUAGGGAUAUGAAUGAAGAAGCGAAAAACAUUAUUCAAAGAUACAAACUUGAACCCAAAGGUUCCACAGAAACUGAAGACCAGCAGUUGCGGAUGGUGUCAAGAUUUGUGAAUGAAGCAGUUCUCUGUUUGCAAGAAAACAUCUUAGCCAAUCCUUUGGAAGGUGACAUUGGAGCAGUGUUUGGACUAGGUUUCCCUCCAUUCAGUGGUGGACCAUUCAGAUGGGUUGACCAUUAUGGAGCAAAGAAUCUUGUACAGAAAAUGGAACAAUUUCAAGCCCACUAUGGGGAGCCAUUUAAGCCCUGUGAGCUAUUGGUGUCCCAUGCUAAUGACAGUACGAAGAAGUUCUACUCUUAAAAUUGUCAUAGAGGACCAGAAUGUGUCUUUUUAUAUUAAAACUGUAUGAAUUGAAAUGUGUUGAUGGUCUUAUGUUAGAUUGAAAGGCAUUUUUUGAAUAGAUUUAGGAAGAAAAGGAAAUGCACUGACAGUUUUGAAAGUAUUCUGACUAUGUAAAUAUUAAUGAAAAAUGUGUAACAGUAAGGUACAUGUCAUUUGGCUGUUCCUGUCACUGAAACUGACUGCUUUUUAUACCUGCAUCAAUAUUUGUUUUGUUUAUGAUGUAUGAGUUUUGAAAUAUAUUUUUAUAUUGCUGUUAA